AUGUCAAAAGCUGAAACUGAAACAGAGCUGUCACCUGAAAUUUCACUUGAUAUCUCAAGCUCUCAUAAGGAAUAUCUUGUAGAAAGACAUGGUAGAUUCGACCUAGAUCCAUUGCCGCAAAGCAGCGAUGAAGAUCCGCUCAACUGGCUGCCUUUUAUCAAGAUGGCUCAGCUUGUCAUGGUGGCCUUCCAUGCGUUCUCUACCACAUUCAUGGCUGCGGGGUUGAUCCCUGCGUUUGCAAUGCUAGCUGAAAGGUUCAAUACUUCUAUAACUGCAUGCACGUAUCUAACGUCAGCUCAGAUUAUCAUAUUGGGAUGCUUUCCCUUCUUGUGGAUUCCUAUUAUGAAUAGAUAUGGCCGUAGACAGCUACUAUUGGUCUCCACGUUGGGGUCUAUGAUUUUCAAUAUUGGUUGCAUGUACUCCAACACUUAUGGGAAGAUGAUGGUUUGCAGAAUAUUUGCAGCUUUCAUGAUUUCACCUGCGGUUUCUGUUGGUGGUCCGGUUGUUUCUGAAGUUAGUUUUAGUCAUCAGAGAGGUUCCAGAACCGGUUUAUGGGCAGUCAUGAUUACCUUAGGUACACAUUUCGGUCCAUUUUUGAUGGGGUUUGUGGAGUAUCAGACUGGGCACAUUAGGAAUGUGUUUUUGAUAUUUGUGGUGAUGAAUGCCAUACAGUUUUUGGGAUAUCUAAUCAUUGGUAGAGAAACAGUCUACGAUAAGAAUAUAUGGCAUCCGGGCAUAAACACAUUGUGGAAAAUACAGCCCAAGACAUGCUAUGCUUUGCAUUGGAAGGUUUUCAUUCAGCCUUUGACUUUGUUUCUUAACAUCAAAGUCCUUUUCGCUACCAUAGCAUAUUCAAUUUGCUUCUCCUACGCCAACAUUGCUUUAGGAGUAGAAUUGACCACAUUAUACCACGAAAAAUAUGCAUUCAAUUCCCAACAGAUUGGCCUUCAAUUUAUUGGGCUCAUUUUAGGAUCAAUCUUGGGAGAAAUCUUGGGAGGGAAGAUGAGUGAUAUGUGGAUGAACAAAAAGAGGAAAGCAUCUAACCUCUACAGUGGUCCACCAGAGUAUAGACUUUGGCUAAGCUAUAUUGGAUAUGUCUUUGUCAUUGUGGGGCUUAUAGUAUACGGUGUCAUGCUCGAUCGAGAUGACAGUUGGACUGUUGUGCCAGUGGUGGGGCUUGCCUUGGCAGGUUUUGGAUUGCAAACUGUUUCCACUGUGCUAAUAACUUAUGCAAUUGACACUUUACCGACUAGGGCUUCAGAUAUAUCGCUCUUUGUAACUUUGGUUAGACAAGUGUUGGGAUUUGUGGGACCUUUCUACUUUCCUCCAAUGUUGGAAAAUCCCGUUCUAAAAAUCCUGGGAACCUACUGCCUUUUAGCUGGUCUUGUAGUCGUAUUUGCAGUCAUUCCAACCUUCUAUUUGCAUCUACAAAGAAAUUAA